AUGAACCUCGAUACCCUCCUUUCCACGGUCUCGUCUAAUAUUGACACCAAUGGAUUCCACAACGCCUCCUUGGGAGAAAAUCCCAAUAGAGUCAAUGCUAUUGCGCUCUGUAGAGCAGAUCUUCAGCCUUAUCAAUGUGGUGACUACAUCGAAAAUGCAACAGCCAUGAUCCUUGAAUUCUAUCAAAAGGAAGCAAUUUUAUGGCACGAAUUUAGCAUGAUACGAUACUCCAACGAGUCCAUACUUGGGACUCUUGCAUAUUUCCCAUAUAAGGUGGGUUAUAGUAUGGAAAGUGUCCCGAAUCAAGACAAGUUUUACAAGGAGCUCAACAUAUUGUUGGAUGGUCUCCGUAACCUGGCCACUUAUGGUAGCUCACCUAAGAAAUUUGGUGCAGCCAAUCGAGCUUGCCCAGAUUUUCGUAUAAUUUAUGCAUUUGAGCAGUGCACGCCUGAUAUAAGCCCAGAGGAUUGUGGUGCUUGUUUAAAACAGUCUGCACUAAUUAUUCAAGAUUGUUGCAGCGGGGCAGGAGGAGUUAGAAUCCUUAGGCCUAGUUGCUAG